AUGUCGAAUUCUACUAAAACGCGCGAUUCCGCUCUCAAUGCCAUUAAACGGUAUAUGGCAAAAAGUAUUGAUGAGGCAUUCACUAUGGAUGCAGAGAAUAUUGCAAGCUAUCUUCAGUUAUUGAGUGAACAGUGGGUUCGUUUUAACGUUGCUCAAGACGCUGUAGAAAUUACUUGUGGUGCCGAUGUUAUUGAAAUUGAAGAAAAUGUGCGUAUCCAAGCCGAAACUUGGUACUCUACAGCUUCAGCUAACUUUAGCCGCGUGAAAAAUUGUCGUACUAAAUCGCAAGAUAGCUCCACAAAGGCAUCUGUGUCCACGGUUAUACGUUUACCGAAAAUGGAGUUGCCCACAUUCUCCGGUGACUCUACAGAAUGGAUUGGUUUUUUCGACGCGUUUUCUUCGUUAGUUGAUAAUAACUCUGCUUUAUCAGAUGGACAAAAGUUGCACUAUCUCCGAAGCUGCUUGAAAGGUGACGCGUUGAAAAUUAUCAGUGGUUUUAAAAUAUGUGACGCAAAUUACGUUGAAGCUUGGGGUCUAUUAACAUCGCGGUAUAAGGUUAUUCGUGUAAUUGUGGAAUCUCACCUUCGCGCGUUGGCUGAAAUUAAAAGAGCUACGCAUGACAAUGCUGACGCGAUCAAAGGUGUAAUUGAUGCGUUCCAACAGCAUAUUCGCGAGCUUAAAGCGUUGGGUCGUCCGAUUGAGUUUUGGGAUGAUUGGUUGGUACAUGAGGUCGUCAGUAAGUUGGCAUUCGAAACGCGUAAGCAGUGGGAGUUAUCGCUCGUUAGUGAUGAUCCUCCAUCUUUUGAGCAACUAAUAACAUUUUUAGAGAUAAGAUGCCGAUCGUUAUCGAUGUUUUCGUCGUCAACAACAUCAGUACCAAUUAAGGUUAAAACUGCAUUAGCAAGCAAGUCGACAAAUGUGUUCCACACGUUGGAAAAAUUUCGUGAAUUGGACUUGUCUACAAAAUCACAGUUCGUGAAGCAAGGUCGCAUAUGCUUCAACUGCUUAAGUUUAGGUCACUAUAAAGACCGUUGUAAUAGUGCUUCCACUUGCCGUAUGUGUAAACAACGUCAUCACACUCUGUUGCACGGUGCUUUGCAGUCAACGACCGUUACCGCAGUGAACAAUUACGCGACGCAUUCGUUAUGCGCUGCUGACGCCACAUCAAAGGUAAGCGCAAAAGCUUUUGAACUUCCAGCAAGCGUCGACGUUCCACGCGUUUCUUCAUGCUUGAACUCGAGCUCCAAUCCACCCAUAGCUGUAGAAAGAGUUGUGCUGUUAUCCACCGCAUUAGUGAAGGUACGCGACUGUUCUGGUAAUUGGCAGCCCGCACGUGCACUUUUCGAUUCUGGUUCACAUGCUUCCUUUGUAACCGAAGCGUGUGUGCAACGCUUAGGCCUGCCACGAUCAACAUCUGAAGUUAACAUUACUGGAAUUGGGUCAGCGCAAGGAGGACGAGCUAGAGGUGAAGUAUCACUUUCUCUUUCUUCUUUCUCUACAAAUCAAUGCUUUACUGUCAAAACGUUAAUUCUGUCUAAAAUUACAAGCGACUUGCCAACACAGACUAUAGCUACUUCAUCGUGGCCACAUAUCCGAGGUUUGUUUUUAGCCGAUCCCCAUUUUAUGAAGCCUGGACGGGUCGAUAUAUUGAUUGGAAUGGACGUUAUGGAUCAACUGAUCCGUACAGAACUUCGUAAGGGUCCAUCUGGAGCUCCUAUGGCUCAACUGACGGUCGUUGGGUGGACUCUGUUUGGAAGCGUGAAUGGAUCUGAGCCUGAUAUGCCACGCUUACAGUCGUUACAUUGCGAUGUUCAUUUGGAUCGAGCAUUGAACAAGUUAUGGGAGUUAGAGGAAGCUCCGCAAAAAACGUAUCUUACGCAUGAGGAGCGUUACUGUGAAGACCAUUUUGAAACAACGCAUCGAAGGGAACCUAACGGACGGUUUGUCGUCGAAUUGCCGCUGAAGCCCGAUGUAGCUCUGGGAGAGUCGCGAAACUUUGCUAUCCGGAAUUUGUUACGACUUGAAAGAAGACUCGCUUGUGACUCCGAUCUUCGUUUACGCUACAAUGAAUUCAUGAAUGAACUUAUUGACAUGAAACAUAUGCAGGUCACGUCAGAGACUAUGAAUCCAACGUAUUAUAUGCCUCAUCAUCCUGUUUUAAAGGAAAGUAGUACCACGACCAAAUUGAGGGUUGUAUUUAACGCGUCCGCAAAAUCAACUUCCGGAAAUUCGCUGAAUGACGCAUUAUUUAUAGGACCUCAAUUGCAGGAAGAUUUAUACUCCAUCUUACUUCGCUUUAGAACACACCGCUAUGCUGUAACAGCAGAUGUCGCCAAAAUGUAUCGUCAAAUCUGUGUAUCCUUAAAACACGCCGAUUUGCAACGCAUCGUAUGGCGUAACCACCCAUCCCUGCCUAUCCAAGAUUUUCGCAUGGUUCGCGUAACGUACGGAGUGGCAGCUGCGUCUCAUCUAGCUAUCCGAUCACUUCAACAGACGGCAAGAGAUUCGUCGAAUGGUUGUGCUAGGGCUGUUAGUGUUAUUCUCAAGGGUUUUUACAUGGAUGAUCUACUUACUGUUGCAUCUAGUAAAGAAGAACUUCGAUUGUUGCAGCAAAAUAUUUCCGAAAUAUUGAGGGAAGGGGGGUUUGAACUUCGUAAGUGGGCAUCGAACUGCGCUGAACUAAUCGCAAGCAUUUCCAAUGCAUCUACGAACAUAUCACAUUAUAUUGUCGACGAUAAGGAUGUUCAUGCUUUAGGUCUUAUCUGGAACACAGAAGGAGACUAUCUCACGUUUGUUAUUAACUUGAGGGAACCGCCAGUUAAGUUGACCAAGCGCAUGUUUCUAUCAGAUGCAAACAUAUGGCGCACUAAGGUAGGUUGGGAUGAUAUCAUUCCUGAGUCUAUCGCAACGAAGUGGUUGGAGCAUCGCAUAGAGCUCAAGCAAUUGGCACAUUUGAAGGUGAACCGUUGGUUUGGUACUGAAGUAGCUGGGUCAUUUACGCAAUUGCACGUAUUCGCAGACGCGUCCGAGCGCGCUUACGCCGCUGUCUUGUAUUCACGAACAACACAAAGCGACGGUAGCAUUACUGUGUCAUUAAUUUCGUCGAAAACCAAGGUAGCUCCGCUUAAGCCGACAACGUUGCCAUGUCUUGAAUUAUGCGCCGCUCAUCUUGCUGCUAAACUAGUGCGAAGCGUGCUGCACUGCUGGUCUGAACUCCGUUAUCCGCUUUUCGCUUGGACUGAUUCUACUAUAACAUUGGCAUGGUUACAAGCUCACCCCAGCAGAUGGGUGACAUUUAUAGCCAACCGCGUAGCUGAUAUUCAAGAAGUUUUGCCUCCCGAAUGUUGGAACCACGUUCGUUCUGAACAGAAUCCUGCAGAUUGUGCUUCAAGAGGUAUAACUCCCUCCGAAUUAUUACGUCAUCAAUUGUGGUGGGCUGGUCCUAUUUUCCUGAAAAGCACUGAACAAUUGUGGAAGCAGAAAAAAUCUAAAGAGCACACUACAGAGCUGGGCAUACGAAAGAGUAUUCGUGCCCAUGUGAUUAAUUCUACAGAUUAUUGGUCCGUGAUGACAAAAAUACUCAUCGUAUUCUAA